AUGAAUGUUGUUUUCUGGUUUAUUCAAUUUCAGAAGCGUCGCAGUUUAAUUACAGAAAGAUAUAAGGAGCGGAUCAUUCACUUACAACAAACAUGUCUAAAUAGCACUGAUGGCUUUAAAGGUAAAUCUACGGAUACAGAUUUCAAAUUUAAUAUUUUAAUCGACAAACAACAUAAUUUGUUUUACUGCCAAAUUCAGAAGGUAGGGACAAAAUUUAUCAAGGAUUUACUUAGAAAGUUAUCACAGAAAAGUAAGAAAAAUAAUUUAAAAAAUGCGUUUGACGAAAAUGAAUGGAAAUUGUCCGACUUGAAUUCAAUUAUGGAAAAUACUGACAAGAUUAUGUUUGUUCGUGAACCCUAUUCUAGAGUACUGUCUGGAUAUGUUGAUAAACUUUUCGCACCUAACAAUGUUUACUGGGACGUAACAGGAAGAUCAGUGCUUGCAAACACUCGAGAUAACGUUGAUAACCAUUCUAUGUCAUGUGGUCAUGAUGUCUCGUUUCCGGAGUUUGUAAAGUAUAUAAUUAAAUCCGAAAAACAGGGUCGAAAUCUAGACCGCCAUUACGCACCUUUAUACGAACACUGUCGGCCAUGUCAAAUUUCAUACGACUUCAUCGGGAAAUUUGAAUCUUUUAAAGAAGAUAUUUUGUUUUUGCUGGAAUAUUUAAAUAUUCAACACGGCACAAACAUAACAUUCAGUGAUUUUGAGUCUGAAACAACAGAAUCAAGAGCUAUAUUUCAAAGUCAACGUUUGUUCAAUAUGCGAAAAAAACUUGAACGCUGUGUUUCAUUUUACAAUGCAACUAUGCGCACAUGGAGAGAAAUGCAGAUAAGAGGUCUGAUAUCGAUUCAUAAACAAUUUCCAUUCGAUGCAGAAUAUACUGAAAGUCGCAUGACAAAAAAAGACUUAUUUGUCGCAGUAAAAAAUGCUAUUUCAAGUGUACAAAAUAUAAGCAAAGUCAAGGCACAGCGAGAUGCAGCUUUAAUCGAAGCCUUUAGACUUGUGCCUACAGCCGAUCUCUACUCCUUACGACGAUUUUUAAAACCUGACUGUGCAUUGUUUAAUUAUGAUUCAAUGCCUAUCAAAAUAUUUGACAGACAAUAUACGGACAAAAAAAGUGUUCAAUAUUUCAAUCUGUUUUAAAAAUUAGCAAUUGUCAUAUUUUUGAACGCAGUCAGGUAAUAUUAAAUGCUCUAUUACAGAAAUAUAUUCUAGAAGAGAGGCGAAAGAUACCAAAGGGACAUUCAAACCCAUAAGUCGAAAAUAAACUGACAACGCCAUGGCUAAAAAAAAAAGACAAACAGACAAACAACAGUACACAAAACACAACAUAUAAAACUAAAGACUGAGCAACACGAACCCCACCAAAAAUUGGGGGUGAUCUCAGGUGUUCCGGAAGGGUAAGCAGAUCCUGCUCAACAUGUCGCACCCGUCGUGUUGCUCAUGUUAGUACACACCCGGUGAUAAGUCUAAUUCGGUAGGUCACAUUCGGGAAAAAGGGGACGGGAUUGUUGUUAUGACAAUUGGAACAUAUCCGUUUUCAUCUGUGAAACGGAUAUUCACUAACGGCCAACCAACUCGUGAUGGCGCCCGUAAAAUUUACGCAGGAAUGGUUUUAACUUCACCAAUUGGAACUCGAUCUUGGUUUAAUAGCUUCCUUGUGAGCAGCAACCCUCUAUCAAGGAAAUCAUGAUAGGAAAUAUACAAGCCCUGGGAUAUCGUAUCAACUGGGAGAUAUAUACUCCGUAUGCAGGCGCUGCUGGAAUGUUGCUACAUAAAAAAUAGAAAGUUCACAAUUGGGAAUCUGAAAUCAUGUUUUGUCGUAAAGUUUUUUUUUCAACCGACCCUCAUUGUCAAUUUCUAGAUGCAAGUCAAGAUAUGAGGCACACUUAACUGUAUAUCUCAAUUUAUCUUUAUCUUUAAAAGCUUAUUUCGACAGAUGCCAUAUAUUACGAUUUUAAUGUGUGGUCUGUACACAUAAUUUCUUGUCUAAGGGAAUAAAAUUAUCAAAACAUAAACCUUCUCAAACAAAUUAAUACUAUCGAGAAAAGCAACAUUUUAACCUUACCAUUUUGUUGAUUUGUCAAUAAUCUGUAAAAUGCCUAAAUAAUAGACGUUAUUUGACAGUUAUGUGAUAGUUUAGAUCGAUUUACUCAGAGAUCCACCAUUCUAAGAAAAAUGUUGGGUGUCAUGUCAUUUUUAUUAUUUGAUUGGUUUUUUUUAUUGCUUGACCUUUAUGGGUGUAAUUUUUCAAUACAGAUUUAUCUAUUAUAUACAAGUAGAACAUUUUCAUUACUAAAUCUCGAAGCGACAAACUUUAUGUAGUAACAUAUGUGUUAAUCAAUUAAGCCUUACAUUCAGCAACUUAUUAAUCGUUCAAAUGGCGGAUCCCUGAUUGACUAUAUCCCGAAUAAAAAAAAGUAGUUUCAUUCCCACACUGUGAUGACUUUAUAGUGUUUGCUGAAGUUUUGCAAAAAAAUAAAGAUUGAAUGACUGUGAAUGGUAAAUUGUUUUCAUGAUUUUCACAUAUUGUUUGAUUUGUUUACUUGCAAGUGUUGCGC